AUGUACUGGGAGGCACAGCUGGAGAGGAAGGACCGGAAAAUAAGAGAAUUAGAAGAACGCAUUGAUGGCACAUUCCUGGUUGAGGAUAAAGAUCAGAGCCGUCUGAGGAUUGUGCUCGUGGGGAAGACAGGAAAUGGGAAAAGUGCCACAGGAAACACCAUACUGCUGAAUGAGGAGUUCCUGUCUGAGUCCAGUUCAACAUCAGUGACUACCCGCUGUCAGAAAAGAGAAGGGAAAGUAGCUGGCAGGCAUGUUGCUGAAGUUGACACACCGGGUCUCUUUGACACAGAAGUGUCUAAUGAGGUGGUCCAGCAGGAAAUAGCCAAAUGCAUCUCCUAUUUGGCCCCAGGACCUCAUGUGUUUCUCCUGGUGCUACAGAUCGGGAGAAUCACAAAGGAGGAGAAGGACACAUUGCAGCUCAUUAAGAGUACCUUUGGUACAAUGGCUGAAAUGUUCACCAUAGUCUUGUUCACAAGAGGGGAUGAUCUUAAUAAACCAAUUGAAAGUUUCAUUGAAAAAGGUGGUGCUACACUCCAGAAUCUGAUUAGUGAUUGUGGAAACAGGUUUCAUGUUUUCAAUAAUAAAGACAAGAGCAACUUCACCCAAGUGUCUGAGCUGCUGGAUAAGAUAGACAUGAUGGUGCAGAAGAAUGGAGGAGGCUGCUACACCAAUGAGAUGUUCCAGGAGGCAGAACAGAGACUUAAAGAAGAGGAAGAAAGAAUCCAUCGUGAACAAGAGCUGAAAGAAAAAGAAGAACAUUUAAGGAAAGAGCUACAAGACUGGAAGAAAAGAGAGCAGGAGGAAAAAGAAAGAAAAGAUGAGGAAGAGAAAAAGUACAGAAGACAAGAGUUGGAGUGGAAGAGGGAAAUGGAUGAGAUAAAGGGAGAGAAAAUGGGACUCAGAGAGGACUUGAAAAGAAAGAAAGAAGAUGAGAAGAAGAAGACCCUGGGCCCCAUGUGCUUCUGCUGGUCCUGCAGCCUGGAAGAUUUACAGAGAAGGACGGAGACAGAAUGA